AUGACAACGGUUGGUGAAAUAGAGAGGAAGAAGGAAAAACGCAAGGAAAAUAAGAACAAGAACAAGAAGAACAACAAGACAAAUAACAAGAACAUGAAGAAGAACAUUAAGAAGAACGAGAAGAGCAAGAUGAACAGGAAGAACAAGAAAAACAGGGGGGCCGAGAAGAACAAGCAGGACAUGAAGGAGUGGAGCAAAACAAUAACAAGAUUAAAGCGAACAGGUUAA